AUGGAAAGCAUGGCUCUACGACGAUCUUCAAUGAGGCAGCUGCAGCGCUGUAUGAGGACGCCAUGUCCUCUCUACCUCGAUUUUCUGGCCCCACGUCUUGGCCAACACACACGCCGUUUUGCUUCUACUACUUCCGAAGCCCCCCCAUCACCGAAGCCUCGAUACGUACUCAGCAAGCAACAGCGAGAGUAUCUCGACAGUGCGCUCCGAGUCAAUCAAGCCGGUGAGAUUGCUGCCACUUUGAUUUACAAAGCGCAGACACCGCAGGUAGUCCGGUCACAUCCACAUCUUCGACCCUUGAUGAAGCACAUGUACGAACAAGAGGCUGGACAUUUGGAAACAUUCAAUCGAUUGGUGGCCAAGCAUGAGAUUCGACCGACGGCAAUGUAUCCUGUGUGGCACGCUGCGGCAACAUUCCUAGGAUGGUCGACGGCGGCUCUUGGGCGUGAAGCCGCGAUGGCAUGCACCGAGGCAGUCGAGACGGAAAUUGGAACACAUUACAACGAUCAAGUACGGGAAAUUCUCUCAUGGGAGGCGGACGCCGAGCGUCGUGGCGAAGAACUGGAUGAAGAACUGAAGGAAAUGCUGGGAAUUUUCCGUCGCAUCCGCGAUGAAGAAUUGGAGCAUCUUGAUCACGCCGUGGCCAACGACGCAAAGGAGGCCAAGCCCUACGAUCCAUUGGUUGAUGUCAUUCGGCUGGGAUGCAGAACCGCUAUCAAGAUCAGUGAAAAGAUUUAG